UAGUUCAAAGUGAAAAGAUCGUAUAAGGCACGAAGUGCGGGAAAAAAGGCAUACAAUCAUAUAUAAUUUUGCUACCAAAGUGUUCAGACAAACAGAUAGAGCUGCUGUAUAUAAUCAGUUUGUGAUUCAUCGUCCAGUGGGGAUUCAGUUUUACGUCAAAACUAUUCAUCAAAUUUAAAUAACCACCUUUGGCCAAGUGCAGCUGAAAAGUAUCCGGUGUUUUAACAAUGUCUUGGUAUUACACGGCGAAACCCACCGUUUCCCCAGCCGAAAAUUUCAACCCAUCGGCAGAUGCGGCCGCACUUCGGAAGGCCAUGAAGGGCUUCGGAACGGACGAGCAAGCCAUUAUCGACAUCCUCUGCUCGCGAUGCAACUGGCAACGUCAGGUCAUCGCCGAAACGUUCAAAAACGAACUGGGUCGAGAUCUGAUCAAGGAUCUGAAAUCGGAACUGGGCGGUAAGUUCGAGGAUGUAAUCCUCGGUCUAAUGUUACCGCCGGUGAACUAUCUCUGCAAGCAGCUGUUCAAAGCCAUGGAUGGCAUCGGUACCAACGAGCGUGCCCUUAUCGAGAUUCUCUGCUCGCAAAACAACGAACAAAUGCAUCACAUUGCAGGAGUAUAUGAGGAUAUGUUCAAUCGUCCACUGGCGGAGCAUGUUUGUACGGAAACAUCCGGCGAUUUUCGUCGGCUGCUCACACUAAUUAUUACCGGUACCCGCAACCCUCCAGGAACCGUAGAUCCAGAUCUUGCCGUACAGCAAGCCAAACAGCUGUACGAAGCCGGUGAGGGAAAAUGGGGCACUGAUGAGUCCGUUUUCACCAAGAUUAUGGCCCACUCGAGUUUCGACCAGCUGGAAUAUGUGUUCGAAGAGUACAAGAAGAUGACCGGACGCACCAUCGAGCAGGCCUUAAAGGCCGAGUUGAGCGGUGACCUGUAUAAUGCUCUCAGUGCGAUAGUCGAAUGCGUCCAGAUGGCACCACAUUUCUUCGCGAAGCGAUUGUUCGAAGCCAUGGACGGAUUGGGUACGGACGAUACCACGCUGAUUCGGAUUAUCGUGUCGCGAUCGGAAAUUGACUUGCAGAACAUCAAGGACGAGUACGAACAAAUGUAUAAUAAAACGCUUAUGAGUGCAGUUAAGAGCGAAACUUCUGGCGAUUACAAGAAAGCGCUAUGUGCCUUGAUUGGAAGUGCUUAAAGCCUGAUGAAUGCAAUUUCUCAAACCUCAAAGAAAUAAUUCAUAUUUUUGAUGAAUGUAUUUGUUUAAUGUUAGUUAUCGUUAAGUUAAGCUUGUGACAUUCACGUUAAAUUAAUGUACCAUCGAGAAACAAGUGCCAAGACAACAGAUCAAUUCGAUCGUUUGCUAUCGAAUCCAGGUUGGCAUUGACAAGUGCUAUUUUAUUACAAUUUGACGAUGUUCAACUUACCAUCUACUUAACGUAGGAGACCUCAGAAUUUUAUAAGGCUUAUAAUAUUCAAUAUGAACAAAAUAAGUGUAAACGAUAAAAUAAAUAAACGU